UUGAACCGUACACGUCAGUGCAAAACUUGGUGAACGACGAAGGAAGAAAUCGAUCAGUUUACCUUCAACUGGCGUUCCUGGUAGACGUGUUGGUGAUUAAAUCAGCGAUUCUGAAGAUAGAGUGGCUGUAGACAAUCUUGAAGAUAUUAUUUUGAAUUCGGAGGAAAAAUAAUAAUCCGCCAAGAUGAUGGCCAAAGUGAAAACACAGGGUCUGGUGACCGAUGUGAUGCCAAACAUCAAAUUGCUGCAGCUAUCAGGACAUUUCCUAUUCAAUUAUUAUGCAGAUAACUCUGGAAUGACCAUGCUUCUGCGGAAGAUGUAUUCCACGGUGCACGCUAUUCUGAUCUUUGUUCAGUUUGUAUGCAUGGGCGUCAACAUGGCGAUGUACGCUGAUGAAGUAAACGAGCUGACUGCAAAUACAAUCACAGUCCUAUUCUUCGCCCACAGUAUCAUUAAAUUGGGAUUCUUGGCCUUUACCUCCAAAAGUUUUUACAGGACUAUGGCUGUGUGGAAUCAAUCUAACAGCCACCCAUUGUUCACGGAGUCUGACGCUCGCUACCACCAAAUUGCUCUUACCAAAAUGAGAAGGCUUACUUACUUCAUCUGCUUCAUGACUGUUAUGUCUGUUGUCAGUUGGGUCACGAUUACCUUCUUCGGCGAGUCAGUGCGUAUGAUCGCUAACAAGGAGACGAACGAGACCCUGACAGAACCCGCGCCACGGCUGCCACUCAAGGCCUGGUAUCCAUUUGAUACCAUGAGUGGUUCUAUGUAUGUUUUCGUCUUCGUUUUUCAGAUCUACUGGCUCCUCUUCUCCAUGUCAAUGGCUAAUCUACUUGAUGUUCUAUUCUGCGCGUGGUUGAUCUUCGCAUGUGAGCAACUGCAGCAUUUGAAGGCGAUCAUGAAACCGCUGAUGGAGCUUAGUGCUUCACUAGACACGUACAGACCGAAUACUGCAGAGCUGUUCAGAGUUUCUUCGACUGAUAAGUCAGAGAAAGUGCCAGAUCCAGUAGACAUGGAUAUUCGUGGCAUAUACUCCACGCAGCAAGACUUCGGCAUGACACUGCGAGGAACUGGUGGAAAACUGCAGAAUUUCGUCCAAAAUACGGUCAAUCCUAACGGAUUGACUCAGAAGCAAGAGAUGCUGGCCAGAUCUGCUAUCAAGUACUGGGUUGAACGCCAUAAGCACGUGGUCAGAUUGGUGGCGUCCAUUGGAGAUACGUAUGGUACGGCCCUACUGUUCCACAUGUUAGUUUCUACCAUUACUCUGACGCUCCUGGCUUACCAGGCUACCAAGAUCAAUAGCAUCAAUGUGUACGCGUUCAGCACAAUCGGAUACUUAUGCUACACCCUCGGACAAGUGUUCCAUUUCUGCAUCUUCGGAAACCGGCUGAUUGAAGAGAGUUCCUCCGUGAUGGAAGCGGCUUACUCCUGCCAGUGGUACGAUGGUUCUGAGGAAGCAAAGACCUUCGUCCAGAUCGUUUGCCAGCAGUGCCAGAAGGCAUUGACUAUUUCUGGUGCAAAGUUCUUCACGGUGUCCCUGGAUUUGUUCGCCUCGGUGCUCGGCGCUGUAGUGACCUACUUCAUGGUGUUGGUGCAGCUGAAAUAGACUUUUUACUGUUGCAGACUUUUGUUUGUUUUAGCUGAUACGGCAAAGAAAUGCGUUACCAUUGACCAUCUAUUAAUAAGAGUCUAUGUAGACAAUUAUUUUAAUACUGGAGUUGUGUAGUCUUCUACGCGUGCGCAUACAUAACAUGUAUGAUAGGGGAACGAUUUACUAAUGACUAUGAUACAAUCAUUAAUUACAAUUAUCAUAAGAUUGAUUUCUAUAUAGUUAUUGUUCUCUUAUAUUUACUAGGUUGGCCGAAGAAGAUGUUUCUAUUACUAUAGUUACCUGGGAAAAAUAAUUAAAUCCUUCAAUUUCGACGAUUCUUUCUAAUAUAAAGCUAAUAAAAUUAGCAUUAAGUAAUAGUGAUUUAAGAUUGUAGAUGUAGUAAGUAAUUUUUUUUAAUAACCUAAACGUACCCAAUUCAGAAUAUAAUUAGACAAAAACAUUUUUAAGUCUGAAAGAGCGUGAUCUACUUAUUUUGAUCUACAUAUAUCAUGCAUUUGAUAAAAUCAUAUGAAAUUAAUGAAUAACGGCUAAGAAUAGGUAACUUUAAAAUUUUAUGUAGAUAAUGUAACCUUAGAAGUGCAAAGCACAUUUUAUUAUUAUGUAAAAAACGUGGCAUUAUUGACAAUCUAAUGCACUCCCUAGAUGAUCAAGUAGCAUGACAUGUGUUUACGUGAAUUUUAAUGCUAGAUACCGGUAUGAAUCAUUUUAUCUCAUCUCAUCCUGAAUAGUACAGUGAAAAGGUUCUUUUGCGCUUUUGAAAAAAUAAAGAUCGCGGCUUCGCAUACAUGUUAGUUUAUAACCGGGAUAAAAUUCAUACAGUAUACUUUUAAAGGAUAACAAGCGCCCUAUAUCCUUGCUUAAAGUUCAAACUUACUUCGAACAAAAUUUUAUGAAAA